AUGAACAGCGACACGCGCCAAGCCUCCGGGCCCGGCAGCAAGUCCAAGCGGCGACUGACCGAUGUCGAAGAAAGUAGCAAGCAGAGUCCUGCAGCAGACGACUUUGCUUCCAAUCCCAAACGCCAACGAGUCUCCCGCGCCUGCGAUAGUUGUCGCUCCAAGAAGGACAAGUGCGAUGGCAUCCAGCCGGUAUGUUCGACCUGCGCCUCGCUUUCGCGGCCCUGCACCUACAAGGCCAAUCCGAAAAAGCGCGGCCUCCCGACCGGUUACAUUCGCACGCUCGAGUUACUAUGGGGGUUAGUCUUCAACAAGAUUCAAGGCAGUGAGGAGGUGGUGCGGGCCUUGCUCAAGGCCGCCAAUAUCCCCAGUCAUCUGGCUACGAUGGGCAAGGAAGCGGAGGGAUCAGAUACAUUGCUGUCGUCGUGGAAAAACAGCAUCGUCCUGCGAGAGAUUGAGAGACUCUUGACCUUUCUCGAACAACCCGAAGAGGAGCCCGGCAAUCGGUUGGGGGAGAGUGAUUCCCCGCAGGAUGCCGAGGCAGUACUGUCGGCGGAUGUGCUCGAGUGGAAUCUGCCUGAAGUGCUCGGAGAUGGGCGUGAGGGUUCGCUGGCGGUGGUAUCUCCGAUCAAAACCCCGACCGCCGCAUCGACCGUCAGGAACGGGGGAGUGCGCAUCACGCGAGACUGUGCGACACAAACGGUGGAAGACACAAGCCUCUCGCUUGGUCGGGGGCAGCGCCCGCCCGUUGAACCUGCCACGCUUCUUCCCUCGAAUGCAUGGCCUUUGCUCGACAUUUACUUUUCCUAUACCCAAUGUUGGUUUCCUAUUCUUGAGAAGCACGAUAUCCUACGAACUGCCUUUCGCCAUAGUGAAGAUGACGCCCCAAUUGCCGCCGGAUCUCCUGGGUCCGGGGAUCAAGCGGCGCUGUGGGCGGUCCUGACGCUGGCCUCCAUCCAAGAAGCCUCCAUCUCCGCCACGCGUCAGCUGACCGACUUUUCCGAUCGGGUCAAUCCGGCCCAGCUGUAUGCCACCGCCCGGAGUCUCAUUCCUGGCGAAGAGGGACACGAGCUCGGCCACGUGCAGGCCUUGCUGAUCCUGUCCCUGGUGAAGCUCGGCCAGCAGGACUGGUCGGCUGCGUGGGUAUUGGUUGGACAGGCCGUUCGCAUUGCUCAGAUGUUGGGUUUACACCAACCGACGGUGGCAAAGGGGAACGAGGGAAAGAGUUCGCCACGGUCCAAGCAUGUCUUCUUAGGCUGCUUCAUUCUGGAGACCUUGGUGGCCAUGCAGACGGGGCAGGUUCCUUCGCUACGCAAGGCCGACCUGGUCAAGAUUGGGCCGAUCAACGAAGAUGGACUGGAGGAGUGGCAUCCAUGGGAGGAUCAGACGGGUCUGCGCCCGGUCGAGCCGUCGCGGGCUUUGCACCGCGGGCCUCUCCACGCGUUGAGCACGUUCAACCGACUCACCUCGUUGAUGUGCAUCUUGAACGACCUGUGCUGCCUCAAGCAGACGACGAGCCCGGUCGCGCCUUUGGAGGCGCUGGAGCGACAGCUCCAACUCUGGGUGUCGGCGCUUCCGAAAAGCUACCGGGUUGAUUUGCAGAGCACGCCGAUGAAAGUGGCCUCUCCGCAUAUAUUUGGGCUCGAAAUGAUGUAUGAGAGUGUUGCUGCGAAUCUGAGCCUGCAGUUUGCCUUGCAACGGAGCGACCGGAACUUGCCCGAGAUGCCGCUAAAGAAACGUGCCACGGAGAGUUCGAAACGAUUGCUCCAGCUGCUCCAGACGUACAUGGAGAACUACAGUCUGUCCGCGACGUGUCCAACCUUUGGGAUGAUUCUCACGGUUGGCAUGUCUGAAGAGCGACAGGCCCCUCUUCCCUUUGAACUGGACCCAGGCCUGAAGAGUAAACUGCAAUCUUUUUCCGCGCAUCUGGCGACGGUAUGGAAUAUGAAAGACAAGCCUACAGGGAAUAUUUCGCCAGAGAAGACGCUGGAUUUAACAUCGAUGGCACCAGCGCCUGCCAGACCGAGAAGUCUCUCUAAUCGAGACACGGGUUCUCUCAAUGCUUUUUCUCACGCUCCGGGUGACUCGACACGACGGGUGAGCAUGUUGGAGGAAAGUCGGGCCAUCGCUACCCCAGACGCCUUCUUCUCGAAUACAUGGAUGAGGACGCCCACUGUCGACGAGAAUGUCGCUUUAUCUAUUCCCACACCUGCCCCAUCGUUGAACAUUAAUCCUGGGGAGACAUCACAUCCUCCCGCUCAACUCAAAGACUCUGUUUCCCACAAUCCUCUUUCCCACCAACCCCGCUCCUCGAUCUCCAAACCGAUGAACGGCACGCCGAUCAUGCCGGACCUGACCUCCCCUUUUCACCCGACAGGACCGCAGUACACUCCCACAUACACUGACCCGAGCCUGAACCUUGGGUCGUUCGUUGACAUUGAUGGAUACGGACCGCCACGGCGGCCGCGGAUCGCGCCGGACCUGGACGCGUUGUUUGACGAACUGGCGUCAUUGGAUGGGACCGAAAAGACGGACAACCAGCCAGAGUUCAUGCAGAACCUGGGGUUUGUGCCCGACGCCGGAGUGCCGGAGCUGUACUCGUACUCGAGCCAGGUGGAGCCAUUCCUCCUGGCGCAGACGCAGCAGCAGGUGCCGUGCGCAGAGGUAGUGCGACGGGAGUCGCAGGCCGAGAGCUCGAAUGGAAAGAGAUGA